AUGCAAACAAAAACUCUUCUUGCUCUAUUUUGUACUAUUAUUGUACUUUUAGUCAGAGUCAAUGAUGGUGCACCAGCAGCUCCAAAGCCAGUAGCAGCUAAAGAAGAGUCAUCUAAGAUUAAACAAAUUCCACCAACUCUUAGUGGUGCUCGUACACCAUGGAAAACAAGUAUUGAUGCAAAAAGUAAAAAAUUAUUCAAUGAUAAUAAACCAACAAUAAAAAAAAAACUUCAAAGCAUUCAUAAAGUACCAACAACAUUUAAUCCUAAACCAUCAAAAGUAGCAACACAAGUUGUUAAUGGUAUUCUCUAUCACUAUUUAGUUAAGUUACCAACAAAUAAAUAUGCAUAUGUAACAGUCCUUAAUCGUCCAUGGAACAAAAGCAAUAAACUCGCAAAUGAAGAACAUGUUAUUGUACGACCGGAACUUCAUGGAUUAAAUGAUAAGAAUAUUUAA